AUGUCAUUAGCUACACCUUUGGAUUUAUUGAAAUUGAAUUUAGAUGAAAGGGUCUACGUCAAAUUACGUGGUGCCAGAGAGCUUGUCGGUACACUACAGGCCUUCGAUUCUCAUUGUAAUUUUGUCCUCAGCGAUGCUGUCGAGACUAUUUAUCAACUUAUAGAUGGAGAAUUAAAAUCUAGAGAAAAAAGCUCUGAAAUGAUCUUUGUUAGAGGUGAUACUGUUGCAUUAAUCACCACCCCACUUCCUGAUGAAUAG